AACUAUUUUCAUAGAAUGUUCUAAUUUAGUUGAUGGUAAGCUUAAGUAGCUGGUAUCAUUGUGUAAUGAUAAUGGUAAAAAAUUAGGAAGUAUAAGAUAUGAUGUUGGUUAAUAAUGUUAAAUUUUUCUAAUCAGUAUUUUCUUGUUAUACUUAUAGUACUAAUAUUACAGUCGUUAUAAUUAUAUUCAUAUUACCAUCGCCAGAACGACAAUAUAACUUGUAUUACGUUGUACUUGUAGUUGUAUUAUAUCGUUUAUCAUCAUCAUCCAUAUCCUGCUUUUCCUAGAUUUGAUUUAUUUACGCUAGCCAAAGUAAUUAAGCUUAAGUUACAUAUUAUCAUCGACAUCGUCAAACAUGGCCAUUGUAAUAACAAAUGCUACCAGCCACAUCGGCUCAGAAGUAUUAAAAAAGUCUUCUUCCCACGUAACAAAUCAUCCCGAUAUUGAUAAGCUAAAUUCGUUAGGCUUCUGCUCUAGCGUUACCACUCUUCCUAGAAGUGGAAUGUCUAUUUUGAAAAGCGAGAAAGCUUUGAAAGCAGAUGUAUUAAGACAAAACGUUGAGGAAAGCAGUCGAUCAGCUAUGGGUGUAAGGAAACGAGAACGUCUUGACCAUCUUAGUUUGGAACAAAAAAUCAUGAGAAGAAAAUUGAAAAAUAGAGUUGCAGCUCAGUCUGCCAGAGACAGGAAGAAAGCAAGGCUGGAUGAGCUAGAAAUAAGUGUCAAAGUUUUAGAGAAAGAGGUAGGAUAUCUACCUCAUCUUCCUGUUCUACUUUUAUUUUUUUCAGACCCAGUCUUGAUCUCAGGUCAGAGUUUUCAUUUUCUAGAAGCAUCAAUUUCUGUUUUAAUGUUUUGUUUUCUGACAAUAAUGCCAGAUUCUGAAAAGAAACACAAAUGCUCUAAGCAACUGUAUAUUAUGAAGAACAGCAUCAACAGAGAGAAAGACUUUAGUAGAUCUUUUAAGCAAGCAUCGCUUAUUAAUGGACCUCUGCAGAAGGAACAAGAUCUACCAGUUCUUGUUCUCUUGAUGAUGCAAUACGUCUUCUUGCAAGUAAUGAUGAGUCUGAUGACCUCCUUGACCUGCUUCAGCAGUACAGUGAAGAGUUACUCCAGAGUACUUCAGAAUCGGAAGAUUCUGUUUCAUCCAACUCCGACAGUGUGCGGAAUGGAAAAAGCGAAUAUGCCAGUAAUCAAGUGGUGGGGCCCACAGCAGAAGAGUUGGAAUCCAUCAAAGAACUGAUCAGAUUUGAUCAUGUGUACUACAAGAAGUCCAGCACUGACACAUUGGCUGCGAAUUCUCCUGAAGGUAAUGCAAGUGUUUUUACUUCCACUGAUGAGCCCAUUCCAAUGAUUUCAGAGGACACAACUGAUCAAGACCUGACAAAACAGAACGUUUUAACUUCUGAAACUAUAGACAUUGCUUUUGAUGACCUUUCAGAAAUUGUAGUUGAUCAAGCUCCUGCAGAUAAUUCUGAAGAUUAUAUUUUUCCAGUGUGUUCGCCUGUUUGUCAUUCAGAUAUUUUAGAUUCCAUGAAAACAAAAAUGUCUCCAUCUAGAAGUGAUUCUGGAUAUGACUCUGGCUUUUCAUUACCUUCACCUUUAAGUGACACUGACUCCUCUGGAUUGGGUAGUCUUCUAGAUGAGUCAUCUUGGGAAGAUCCGUUUUCAGAAUUAUUUCCCACUUUAAUAUAGUAUUUUGCAUCACUGAUAUUUAAUAUAUAUAAAUUUAUUUUAUACAUACUUUUCCUCAUCUUAUAAUGAACUGUGUACAUACCUACAUGUAAAGUUUGGAUUUGGUUUUUCUGUGGAAAUAAAAAUACUAGACCAGUUUACACAGA